CACAGAAACCGCCGGCCCGCCCGGCCGCCGGGCUUACCGCGUCGCGCGCCGUGUGCAUGGGCAGGACCGCAGGAGCCACCCCGAGAGCCCGGAGAGGUGGCCGCGUCGCGCGGUGAAGGUGCCCUGCCGCCCUGCAGCCCGCGCGGACAGGCUCCGACCUGGCCUGCCUCUGCCUCCAUGCCUUGUGGCCUCUUGGCCGCUAGCAUUUACUAUUUAGGCGGGGUGCGGUGUGGGCGUCUGGCAGUGGCAGGCAGCCAGUGUCCUCCUCCCGCGUGCUCCUCUGCACUCUCCUUGCCCCCCGGGGUGGACACGGACACGGUCGCGCCACUGCUCUGCUCGGGCCUCUGAAGGGGCAUUGCCCGUGUCCUGCUCCUUGCCCGGGUCGCCGGCGAGUCGGCAUGGUCGCGGCGGGGUUGCGGCUUCUUGGGGUCGUAUGGAUCUUCGCGACGCUGAUGCCGCUGGGCGCUGCGGCUGCGGGGGCGGCGGGCGGGCAUGCGGCGGUGGCGGCGGUGGACGGGCGGCGCGCCGUCGCGGCGACGGGGGAGGACUUCGUGUGCGCGACAUUGGACUGGUGGCCGCCGGACAAGUGCGACUACGGCACCUGCGCCUGGGGCCGCGCCGGCCUGCUCAACCUGGAUCUCUCCAACAAGGUCUUGCUCAAUGCCAUCAGAGCGUUCUCGCCGCUGAAGCUCCGGCUGGGAGGGUCGCUGCAGGACAAGGUGGUGUACGGCACCGCCGACCUCGGGCGGCCGUGCACGCCGUUCGUCAAGAACGCGUCCCAGAUGCUCGGGUUCACGCAGGGGUGCCUGCCCCUGCGCCGGUGGGACGAGCUCAACGCCUUCUUCCAGAAGUCAGGCGCCAAGGUUGUGUUCGGGCUCAACGCGUUGAACGGCCGGGUCCCGUUGCCGGAUGGAUCCAUGGGAGGGCCCUGGGAUUACACCAAUGCAGCAUCGCUGAUUCGGUAUACCGCAUACAAGGGCUACCAAAUCCAUGGAUGGGAGCUUGGAAAUGAACUUAGUGGUAGUGGAGUUGGAACUCGAAUUGGGGCUGGCCAAUAUGCCGCAGAUGUGAUCGCCCUAAGAAGAAUAGUCGACGACAUUUACCGAAGCAAUCCAUCAAAGCCAUUGGUGCUUGCUCCUGGAGGAUUUUUCGAACCAGGCUGGUUUACUGAACUUAUCGUCAAAACCAAGCCAAAUCUACUGAAUGUGAUCACCCACCACAUCUACAAUUUGGGACCAGGAAGGGAUACACAUCUGAUUGAGAAGAUCCUCGAUCCAUCGGUCCUAGACGGAAUGAUAAGUACAUUCAGCAAUCUUCAGGGGAUACUGAAAUCCACAGGGACGUCCACCGUCGCAUGGGUUGGGGAAGCUGGAGGGGCUUACAACAGCGGCCACCACCUUGUCACUGAUGCUUUUGUGUUCAGCUUCUGGUUUUUGGAUCAGCUUGGGAUGUCAGCAAAGUAUGACACAAAGAGCUACUGCAGACAGAGUUUGAUUGGUGGCAACUACGGCCUGCUGAACACCACAACAUUCCAACCCAACCCUGACUAUUACAGCGCUUUACUGUGGCAUCGCCUCAUGGGAACCAAAGUUCUAGCAACAACAUUCACGGGCACCAACAAGAUCCGCGCAUACGCGCACUGCGCAAGAGAUUCGCCAGGAAUCACUCUACUGCUGAUCAACCUCAGCGGCAACACCAAGACCCAAGUCUCAGUGACUCAAACCGCCGCCGUCGCUGGCGGUGCGCACAACCACGGCGCUCGGAGGAGCAACACCACGACCCAAGUCUCUGUGACAACCCAAGCCGCCGCCGCCGGUGAGCACAAGCACGGCUGGAGGAGGCACGGCAGGAAGUUCGGGCACUCCCACGCCCCCGGGCUCGCGGCGGCGGCGGCCGCCGGCGCCACGAGAGACGAGUACCACCUGACGCCCAAGGGCGGCGAUCUGCGGAGCCAGGUGAUGCUGCUGAACGGCAGGGCGCUGGCCACCGGCGCCGACGGGAGCAUCCCCAGGCUGGAGCCGGUGAAGGUGGGCGCGGCGGAGCCCAUCGCCGUGGCGCCCUACUCCAUUGUGUUCGCUCGGAUUCCACAUUUCAAUGCCCCGGCAUGUAGAUCAUAAUAAUGGGUGUUUGGGGGUGAUUCGUGAUUGGUGAUGAUGGAUGGACAGCGAAGCUUUCCAUCUGGACGAUGAAGUGAGAUGCAAGGCAAUUGCCAAAGGAAAGGGAUUCUUGCAAUGUAAAAGGUUGAAAAAAUUAUGAUGAUGAACAAUGGAAAGGGCAAAAGCUAUCUUCCAGCGUCUCAGUUUUUUUUAAAGCAUUUCAAUUCAUUGUUUGGAUGAA